AUAUGAUACUCAUACUAGUCCGAUUGGAGCUGCAUCUGCGUAUUAGUGAAGCAGACUGGGCACAAAACGACUAGGUUCAACGAACCACAUCGACGCCUUGGGUCCAGCAAGAGUCACGCCUCCAGCAGUUUGGUCAAAGUCAUCACUCAUCCUCCUUAUUCACCAAAAGAAAAAAAAAACAGAAAGCCAAUUCCUUUUUCCUCCUUAAAAACCCACCAUCGUUCCAUCACCAUCACAACCACAACCACAAUCUCCGCCUUUGCAUCCACAUGGCAUUCUCAGAGUUUAGGCCACUGGACGAGAAGUCUUUGAUAGAGUAUAUAAGGGGUACUCCUGUAUUGGCCAAUAAGAUUGGCGACAAGUUUGAUGACUUGAAGAUUAAAGAAGUUGGCGAUGGGAAUCUUAAUUUUGUCUACAUAGUUGUUAGUUCUGAUGGUUCUUUUGUUAUUAAGCAGGCACUCCCUUACAUACGCUGUAUUGGCGAAUCAUGGCCUAUGACAAAGGAAAGAGCCUAUUUUGAAGCUCGGACUCUUAAAGAGCAUGGCCGGUUGUGCCCGGAACAUGUUCCUGAUGUUUAUCACUUUGAUCACACUAUGUGUUUGAUUGGCAUGCGAUACUUGGAGCCUCCUCAUAUUAUCCUUAGAAAAGGGCUAAUUGGUGGACAUGAGUACCCUCAUUUAGCAGAACAUAUGUCGGAUUAUAUGGCAAAGACUCUUUUUUAUACAUCCCUUCUGUAUCUUACCACCACUGAGCACAAACGUGCUGUUGCUGAAUUCUGUGGGAAUGUGGAGUUAUGCAGGCUAACUGAGCAGGUUGUUUUCUCUGACCCGUACAAAGUUUCUCAAUACAACCAUUGGACUUCCCCUUACCUUGAUCACGAUGCUGAGGCUGUCCGUGAGGAUAAUAUUUUGAAGCUUGAAAUUGCUGAAUUAAAAUCCAAGUUCUGUGAAAGAGGCCAAGCCUUAAUACAUGGAGAUCUCCACACUGGUUCAGUCAUGGUUACUCCUUCUUCAACUCAGGUUAUAGAUCCAGAAUUUUCAUUUUAUGGUCCAAUGGGUUUUGAUAUUGGAGCUUUUAUUGGGAACCUGAUUUUGGCAUACUUUGCUCAAGCUGGCCAUGCUGAUUCAGCAAAUGAUCGUAAAUCAUAUAAAGAGUGGAUUUUGAAGAUAAUCGAAAAUACAUGGAAUCUUUUCGACAAAAAGUUCAUUGCACUUUGGGAUGAGCACAAGGAUGGACCUGGUGAGGCAUAUCUUCCAGAAAUUUAUAAUAAGCCCGAAGUUCGGCAGCUUGUACAGAGAAAAUUCAUGAGAGACUUGUUCCAUGACACGCUUGGAUUUGGUGCAGCAAAAAUGAUAAGGAGAAUAGUUGGGGUAGCCCAUGUUGAGGAUUUUGAAUCAAUUAAGGAUGCUAGCAAACGAGCUGAAUGCGAGCGGAAGGCACUCGAUUUUGCAAAAAUGCUUCUCAAGAAUAGGCGAGAUUUUGAUUCCAUUGAUGGAGUCGUGUCAGCCAUGCAGCCAUUGGAUAGUUGUCAAACUUUUGGGUAGAGCUUCUGCCUUGUUACUGAUAUUAUGGCUCUGAGUAUUGUUUUAUACAGUCCAGAAUACUUUUUAAGAGUGAAUUGCUUUAUCUGCAAUCUUUAUUUCUUUAUCUGCGAUCAAUCGAUGCUGUACUGCUAAUAUAUUUAAUUCAAGUGAAUGGGGGUUGGCUA